CCAUCAACCACAGCAAGGAUGCUCCUGGGGUUUCAGAGAGGCCGCAAGAGGAAGUAUAAACACAUCAUCCAUGGCCUUCUCCCUGCAGCCAGCAUCGCACCGAAGCCCGCUGUGCCCCGCACACCCCCUCCGCGCAGCCCCAACCCCUCUCCAGAGAGACCAAGAUCUGCUCUGGCGGCAGCCAUUCUAGCAACAACGCUGACUGGCCGGACCGUGGCCAUUCCUCAGCCUCGCCGGAGAUCCCACUCUGAGAGCGACAUGACCUACGUGGAAAAGGACAGUUUGAUCGAGCCCUACGCCACUACCUCAGAGCUGAGGCAUCAACCACCCUGGCAGAAUGAAGCGGGAAGAUCUUCUCUGCCAUCCUUUGAAAUGCUGGGCUAUGAGGAGGAUGAGGACACGGACUCGCACCUGUCAUCCAGCCGCAGGCAGUCUGGAGACGCCAGCGCUUGCAAGGAAGAGGGACGUCUCAGCGACGCCAUGUAUGCCACGCCACACAGAAACCAGGUUCCAUCAUCACACGAGGUGGACACUGAAAAUGAGGAAAGUAUUUCUGAACAAGAUGGGUUUCCAGGCUCACCUGUUCCACCAGAGAAUACACAAGAAAAAGAUGGAAAACAUUCUCUUCUGAAAUUAAAGGAUGAAAAACCACCAUUAUGUGAAAAACCUCCCCUCUGUCCAGAUAUAACUGGUAGAACACGUCAAAGAUGUAUAGAAAUAACCAAAGAAAAGUUAGAGGAAUUAAAAGAAGAAAAUUUGCAUCUAAACAGUGUAAAUCAAGCCCUUACACAUGAACUUAAUGUAACAAAAAAAACAGUGAAAGAACUACAGUUAAAACUUGAAAGGAUGAAGAAAGGAAAUGGAAAGCCAAAAGCGGUGGAGAAAGCAUCCUCUCAGGAAGUAGUUGCUGCACCUGAAUUACAUUAUCUAAGAAAACAAGCUCAAGAACUGGUGGAUGAAAAUGAUGGAUUGAAAAUGACUGUUCAUCGUUUGAAUGUGGAACUGAGUAAAUAUCAAACAAAAUUUAGACAUUUAUCCAAGAAAGAGAGUUUAAAUAUCGAAGGCCUCCCAUCAAAGGGCCCUAUACCACCCUGGUUGGUAGAUGUAAAAUACCUGUCCCCCUUGUUGCUCGCCUACGAAGACAGGAUGAAAGAGAAGGAUGAGCUCAUUGCCAGCCUUCAGGAGGAAAUGAGAAUGUUUAGAAUUCGAGCCCAGGAAGUGGUGAAAGAAAACGAGAAGCUGCAUCAAGAGCUGAAAAAGUGUAGUCCCAUCACCAGUGAAGAAUGGCGGCAGCUUCAGACUCAAGCAGAACUGGUUUUAGAAGAAAACAAGUUGUUGAUAGAGCAGUUGGAGAUUCAGCAAAGAAAAGCCAAGGGCACCCAGCGGGAGCAUCUCCAGGAAGUUUCUAAACUGACUAAACAGCUGAUGCUUCUAGAGACUAAAACACAGAGCCAAGAAAAGGCGCUAACUGAAACUAAGGAGCAAUUAGCAAUUUUACGUACGGAAUGCCAAGAACUACAGAUACAGUUGGACAGCAAAGUUGCAAUGGAAGUUCACACUUCAAUUGUGAAUGAAUUUAAAAGCCAGUUGCAGAAAGAAGAAGAGAAAGAAAAUGCUGAGAUGGAAGAGUUGAUGGAAAAGCUGGCAGCCCUGCAAGUGCAGAAGAAGAGCCUGCUCGUAGAGAAGAAAAAUCUGACAGCUAGAAACAAGGCAAUGGAAGCCGAACUCGAAAAGGCACAGAAAAUAAAUAGGAGAUCUCAAAAGAAAAUUGAUGUCCUCAAAAAGCAGGUGGAGAAAGCCAUGGAGAAUGAAAUGUCUGCUCACCAGUACCUGGCAAAUCUUGUUGGCCUGGCAGAGAAUGUGACCCAGGAGCGUGACAGUCUUGUGCUUUUGGCUAAAUGUUUAGAAAGUGAGAACCAUGGCGUUCUCGACAGAAUGACAGAAGACAGUAUUCGCUUGGGAAGGUUGAAAGAGAAAAUCAAGGGGUACAAGAAGCAGAUGGCACUGAAGCUGGGCGACAUGAACCAUCAUCUGACAGAGCAGCAGGAGGACUUUGCUAGCAAGACAGCUCAGUACCAGCAGGAGAUGAGGCACCUCCAUCAGAUGCUCCUGGACAAGCAGGAUGUCCUGGACAAGGCGCUGCAGCAGAAAAGAGAAGUGGAAGGCGAGCUGGAAGUUGUGUGGGAGUCCACGUCCAAGGAAAACCGGAGGAUCCGAGAACUUCUCCAGGCCACGAUGGAGAGGACAGACCCCUGGGAGAAAACCAGAGCUUCCGAGGACCGCUGCCUGGAUGUUAUCUCUCAGCAAGACGUGCUGGAUGCUGUGACAUGA